GUCGGCCGUGCAACUCUUAACGGCGCUGAAGCCGUGUCAAACGUGUUGCAUUUUGUUAAAACAUUGUUCAGCAUCCCUGGCGCGCGAAAGCCGGAACACUGGAUCUACGACACCGCGUGCGAUGCCAAACAGCAGGCUAUGAAGGAUCCGUGGUGGGAUACCGUUGGCAUGUCGGUCGACGUAUUUCACUUCCUCAACAAACAUAAGACGACGCACGAUUUUUGCCAGCGCUACUGCAACCCUGCACUGUUUCCCGAGCUUCUCAAAGACGACGGCAGCGGUUGGUGGUUCAACUCCAGCAUCGCCGAGCAGGUCAACGUGUGGUUGGGCUCUUAUCAUUCGAUGGUUCGCGAAAUGACGCCGGUACGAUUUAACUUCUUCCUCGACGAGAUGGUUCGUCUUCGUAACAUAGACGUUGUGCAGAGGCUGAAUGCCCAAAAGCUCAACCCAUGCCAUUCCCCUAUGCCUAAGCAGUAGAUUAUCAAUUACACAUUUU